AUGGCCCUGCAGCAAACAGGUAGCAGCAAGCGGGAAGCGCCGGCUAUCGAGGCGGGCGCCGCGAGCUCGGCGUCCCAGGGCUCGGCGUCCCCGGGCUCGGCGGCGGCCUCCGAGGGGCGGCCGCUGCCCAGGAUGCAGAGGCGGCGGGCGACGCGGCGGUCCCUGGUGCACUACCUGAAGGGCCGCGAGGUGGGCGCGCGGGGCGGCGCGGGGCUGUCGGGCUCCGAGGGCGAGCUGCGCGGCUACGCGGUGCAGAAGCUGCCGGAGCUGCUGAGGGAGCGCGAGCUGGCGCUGGGCACGGUCAACAAGGUGUUCGCGUCGCAGUGGCUGAACGCCAGGCAGGUGGUGUGCGGGACCAAGUGCAACACUCUCUUCGUGGUGGACGUGCACUCGGGCCACAUCACGCGCAUCCCCCUGAUGCGGGCCCGGGCGCCCUGGUUGUCCCGGGCCCAGCCGACCUGCGGCAUCCACGCCAUCGAGCUGAAUCCCUCCAAGACGCUUCUGGCCACCGGGGGCGAGAACCCCAACAGCCUGGCGGUCUACCGCCUGCCCACCCUGGACCCCGUGUGCCUGGGCGACCGCCACGGCCACAAUGACUGUAUCUUCAGCAUCGCCUGGAUGAGCGACACGGUGGCUGUGAGCGGCUCCCGCGACGGCACGGUGGCGCUGUGGCGGAUGGACCCCGACGUGUUCGAAGGCAGCAUCGCCUCGCACAGCGACGCCGGGCUCCCCGUGCACGCCCACAUCCGACCGAGGGACCUGCAGACCAUCCCCCGGUCCAGCACCAGCCCCUGCAGCUGCAAGGUGCGGGCCCUGGCCUUCAGCGGCAAGAGCCAGGAGCUGGGAGCCGUGUCCCUGGACGGGUACUUCCACCUGUGGAAAGCCCCGAGCCAUCUCUCCAGGCUGCUGUCCAUCAGGCUGCCCUACUGCAGAGAGAACGUGUGCCUGACCGUCUGCGACGAGUUCUCCCUGUACGCGGUGGGCUCCCAGUCCCACGUCUCCUUCGUGGACCCGCGCCAGGGUCACCAGAACAUGCAGCCCCUGUGCUCCAGAGAGGGUGGCGCGGGUGUGCGCUCCCUGAGCUUCUACCAGCACAUGAUAACUGUGGGCACGAGCCUUGGCUCCCUGCUCUUCUAUGACAUCCGCGCCCAGAGGUUCCUGGAGGAGCGGGCCUCAGCCAGCCCCGACUCCUCUCCCAGGCCCUCGGGGAGGAAGCUCAAGCUCACCUGUGCAGGCAGAGGCUGGCUCAACCACGACGACCUGUGGGCCAACUACUUCGGGGGGAUGCGCGAGUUCCCCAACGCGCUCUACACCCACUGCUACAACUGGCCUGAGAUGAAGCUCUUCGUGGCUGGAGGACCUCUCCCUUCAGGCCUCCAUGGGAACUACGCAGGCCUCUGGAGCUAG